UAGAUUUUUUUUCAUCUAUUACUUUGUAACACUUUUACACUUUGUUGGGCGAUGGGGGGGACCCUUUAAAAUGUUUUAUUAAAUCUAGGAGAGAAGAAAGCACCCCAUUAAUUUUAACGGUCUUGCUUCUUCUGUUUUGGAGAAAACUGCUGAACUUAUUGAAUUUAUUUUGCUAAACGAAGCGUACACGAGCGUAAUGGCGCCAUGGUGUUACAAACAUUAUCAUAUUAACUUCUCUAUUCUCUUUCUAGUAAAGAAUGGCACUCCUCACUACUUCAGAGUACCCCGUGUGAUCCUCAUCAGCCGACAGUUUGCAUUGUCCACGGCUACCGACGCUGCGCAAAUACCUGAAGGAUACGCUUUAGGUAACGUAAUCUUCGGCGACUACGAAAGAGAUGAGAAAGAAUGUCGUAUAACCAUCGAAGAUAUAGCUAACGGCAUGGACUGCGAGCCAGCGGUACUGCUGAUGCCCAUAGCAGAUGUACUACUUCAUCCGGAAUACAAGCACUUCGGAGCGAAGUACAGUGUCGCGCUGUUGAAACUUAUCACGCCGGUCAAAUCUAAAUAUAUGCUGCCAGCUUGCUUGCCUUUCAAGAACUAUAUUGUAGACAAGAAUGGAAAACUGACUAAGCUCAAAUUGUAUCAUGUGGAUUUUGUCAGCGAUGUGCCCAGAGAUUUUAUUGAAGAAGAAAAAGAAGUAUUAAGAAUAUCCAUACUGCCAAGAGAACUGUGUUUUCUGUAUGAUUCCGCGGAGAACGCAACCAAGAUGACGAGGAACCGCAUGGCGUGUACUACUGGGUGUGGCUUCCACUCCGGCGCACCGACCAUAGUACAUGAACACACUGGACAUUGGUCGGUGGUAGCGCUGUCGCAAGGAGGCCCAUCAUGCCCCGACCCGCUGCGCACGCGCCGCCCGCCGCCGCCUCCGCACCACAUCAUGAUCCACCCCUACGUGCCCUGGAUCACGGCAGCCAUCACUGGCAAAGCCGUGGGAGCUUUCGCUAAAGAUGAUCCAUUCGGUUUCAUCAUGCCCCGAGCCUCUGUCUACGAUUUGAUUGCUCACGGCUGGGUGGGACACUGGUGGAUGGGUGGUCUCCGCUGCUACGACAGAGGGGAGGCUGCUGACGACAUCUUCAAGUUCUACCACGAGAUCUUCCAGCUCAAGCCAAUCACGGAGACUUAUUUGACUUAUUAUCUUGAGGUACCCCUAGCUCUUGGCACGGUAACCUCAUUAGCACUCGGAAAAUCUGAAUACCCACGUUCAAGUUUUAUCAAAAUUGGUCCAGCCCAGUCGCUUUAG